UUUCCUUUCUUUUUUCUGCAGAAGGAGGGGUGUUGUGGGGAAAUGCUCGGCCGACCGUGAAGCGUAACAGCAAGAAGAGGGACAAAGACGCGCAUAGCGGGACAAAAUGCGACAGAUAGAAACCUGUUUCAACUUCAAAAAUAUGGACUAGGCUACAUGGAUGGAUGUUGAUCUAGACAAACUAACAGCAUGGAAAACAAGAGUCGAAACAGACACUGGCAAGAAAGAUGACUUCGAGCGUAUGAACCGAGUCGUGGACAAUAACUUUGGGAAGAAUGCGCGUCAACUUGGAUACAGUACAUUUCAAUGUGGUGCUGUGCGCCCGGAUCGCCACUGACGCAAAUGGCGUGGAACGUUCACAACUGUUUUGGAGUGUAAAUCCCCACUUUUGAACGGACAUUAUCCUCGGAAUGAGUAUUGCUGCGCUGUUUGUCUCCUUCGCAGCCACGCGUGGUCUUUCUCCAGAGUCGGAGUUUCACUGCUGCACAAAGAGGAGGCACCGACAAACUUCACUAAUAUACAAAUUUGUAGAUUAUUACCCAAGAUUAUCUGAGUUUGUUGUCCCUCCAUUCGUUGCUGACAGGCUCUGGGCUGUUGUUGCAAGCGCACAUUAGAUCUUAGACGAUUGUCUUAGAUUAAACGUGUCAUUUGUUUCCAAAUUAAUUGUCCUAAUGUGCCGACUUUUCUGGUGGAGAAGGUGCGCGUCACCGAACUAGAACUUCAUUCAAGCAUGAAAUGUUGGUGCAGCGCCCUGGCCCUUCUCCCGUGGGUGCUGGUGGCCUUAGAUGCCCAACUAAUCUGCUGGCAGGCGCUGCUUCGGUGCCACGACGAGCCUGAAUGCGAGCUUGCAUACAGUCAGUAUUUAGCAGCAUGUGAAGGCAACAUUAGGGGGACUAGGAGGCAAUGCCCGAGCCACUGUAUCAACGCACUGAUAAGACUGAAUCACACCCGCAGCGGGCCAGACCUGGAGACCUGCGACUGUGCCCAAGACCUGGAGUGCAUUAACGCCAAGCGCGCCAUAGAGCCGUGCCUCCCUCGCAGACACCCAAAUGAUGCCGGGGGGAUCGGCUGCACCGAGGCCCGGCAACGCUGCGAGGAAGACAGCAGCUGCCACACCUCCCUGACGGCCUAUUUGUCCUACUGCGGCCAGCUGUUCAACGGCAGGAAGUGCUCCUCCAAGUGUAAAGCCACCAUUCAGCAGAUGCUGUUCAUCCCAAAUGGCAUGCUCCUGAACCGCUGUGUUUGUGAUGGGGUGGAGAGGCCUUUCUGUGAAGUGGUCAAGGAGAACAUGAGUAAACUUUGCUCCAUUGGAGACCACAGUGUCAUCUCAGACCAGCCAGAUGUGGAUGAUAUCUAUGAGGAUGAGGACUAUGAUCCCAAAAAUGACAGAGAGGAGAUAUAUCCCGACUAUUCUGGCUCCCAGCAGCUGUCCAGCUACAUGCCGCUCCUGUAUCUUUCCCUAGCACGGAUAUUAUAUUGAGAUGGGCACAUGGUGCAGCAGCUGCUGGAUUUAGGAGUAGUAAUAAUGAUGUGAUACUGUAAUGCUAUUCUCUUUUCACUUGGCCCCCUCUCCUGGGUGCUCAGAGGGCAGGAUCUCCCCUGGAGGUGGUAGUGAUUCAUUCAAGUCAAUGACUUGCCCAAGGACACCUCAGUGGGACUGGAACCCAGGUCUGCUGUUUUAAGGAAGGUCCCUUUAAGCACUCAGCCUCCCUACUGCCCUGAUUUAGUUGCAGGAUGAUAGGGAGCACAGUAGUGUUUUGUGUAGGUCUUACAUAACCAUUUCAUAACAAUUCUUGAGCACACACACACACACACACACACGCACAGGAAAACUACUGUUUGAUCUGUGAUCUAAACCUUUGCAUAGAUGGCCUUACACUGAGUGAACAGCUCACUUUUUGCUAAGUUGAAAGAAAGUCUGUGGUCAAAGGUGGCAAAAACCCUCCAGGUGAUCGUUUGAGUGGAAAUGAACCAAACUUGACAUCUUUUGGUGGCAUUAUUUGUUGCUGGGCAUUACCAUUUAGUGUGCCUUUUAUCGGCUUCUGUUUGUUUUGUUUGGUUUCAAUGGUCCUUGAAGUGUGGCUUUAUUAAGACUUAAGACAAACAUUGGACCCGUCCAGUCUCUGUUUGCUCUCCUCUCCAUUUCAGGGGCCUCUGCAUUGUUGCAGCAACCACACUUCAAAUAUUUGUGGGAACGGUCAGGGGACAGACAAGGGUUUGGGAUCAAGUAGUUAAAUUAACUGAAGCGCCUCUCCAGCAGUCUGUCUGGGACCCCUCCCCCAUCAGAGAUUGUUUUAUUGAACUUUUCCCUGAGACCCCCCUUCUUCCUCUCUUCUGCCUCCCCUUUCACGCCUCUUAAAGACCCCCUGUCUUUUAGAGAGCCGCCUCCCCUUCCCUAGAUAACGAAACCAUAGGCUACUUGUCAAUUCAAGCCAAGUUUAUUUGUAGAGUGCUUUUAACAGACGAUUGUCGCAAAGUGCUUUCUACAAAAUAGAUGGUAUGAAUGCAGACAAAGAAGAUGGGAUUAAUUAAAAUGAAGGCUAGGACAACUUCAUCACUAACUCCUCUGAGUGAUUCCACACAGUGAAUGUACUUUUGAAGGGUUUUGUUCCAAAAUGUUUUAAGAAUCUCUAAGUUGAAAUAUGGCUCACUAUCUAAAAAAAUACAGUUAAUACCACUCUGAAAUAUUUUUAUGUCAUAGGUCAAGGUCUUCAGGUAGCUAAUAACCUUAAUAGUCUUAUAAAUAAUGAUCCAGAAAUCACUUUACCAGAGAAGGUGUCGUAUUUUUCAAAGGGUUGAUCUCUCAGUUUGGAACAAAACCAUCAUUUGUAAUAGGUGUUAAGUCUCUGCAGGUAUACAUUAUAAUGCACAAGCAGGCCUACACCGCAGAAGGAUUUUUUUUUAUACUUGAGCUGAAAAGGAAUUGAUUACUCACCUAUGAAAUAUUCACACACCAAAAAACUUGAGUAAGCUGCACAUGCCGGAUGAGAUAAUGUAUGCCACAACUUGUGUUAAGUACCCAACUGGCUCAGAUAGUAUUUUCUCUCCCUCGGUUUGGUUUCUCCUCCUUGGAGUACCAGAUGAAACAUAAGUGUCAAGCGUGUUUUCAUUCACAGGAAAGUGAACUAACCCAGCUUACACACCUUCCUGUGAUUGUCUAAACAUCUGUCACUCUUUGCACCGCGCUGUGUGGCAGUCCCCAACCUACGUGAGUCAAACACACCAGUACAACGUAUCUGCAAAUGCUAUUUGGCCCAAUUCUGGCUACAAAUGCUGAGUUUCUACAAAGAAUUGGUUUAAUUGUUAUUUAUCCUGGGAAAGUUAACAAUGCAUGUAAGCUGUUUCCCGGCGCUGCCUUUGCUUCACAUUCGUAUAGUUAGACACAUUUAGAUCAAGGAGCUGCCCAGCUGAGGGCUAAAGGCUUUGCUCAAGGGCACCACAGUGGUAAACCAAGUUGUUGAGAGAGGGGGGUGUUUGUUAUUUUCUAGCCUACCGCUGUCCCAGGUUAAGCUGUUUAGUGAAAAGGGAAAGUAAUUUUUUUUUUUUUCUUCAGUUUCAUCUCUCAAAAAGAAGCUGCGUGUUCGUCCAUGUCUAUGCCACUUGAAAAUGUCUCUAAACUAAUCUUUGUUUUGUUAUGAAUGUUCAGAAUGUUUUUUUUUUCCUCUGACCUGAUCAUGUAGCUGUUGGCCUUAAGGAAAAUGUUGAUAAAUGUUAAAUUAUGAAACUAGAAUAUGAAGAAUGUAUAUAUUUUACAGUUAUAUGCAGUAAGAUGAGCCAGUGCCAGGCCACUGUUUCUUAAAUGCAGUUAAUACAGUGUAAACACACAGAAGUAACUCGUACUUUGUCCUGACAUAACAUUUAGAGUUUUCAUCUCAUUAUGCUGGAAUAACAUUUUAAAGCAGUGAAUUUCCAUAUAGGAGUGCAGUUUUUGUAAUAAAAUGUUAAUGAAUUGAA